AUGGCACUCUCACAGAUUCAGUGUCUUGAUGAUAAUCACGUAAACUGGCGACUGAACGAAUCCAAACCGGAGUUUUUCUACAGUGAGGACCAGCGACUUGCGCUUGAAGCGCUAAUAACCGGGGGACGUGAUGACUUUGAGAAAUACAUAAAAGAACACGAGAUACGAGCGUUUUUGUCAGAACCCGAGCUGGAGCGGCUCUACAAAUCUACCGAGGUUUACAAGCCCGGAUCCGAGCAUCACAAACCGGAUAGUACAGCUGAAGGAGAAGAUGGCACCGUCUCUCUGCAGUAUUGGCCGGAUCGCUCAGACAUAUCCAUACCGGAUUUGGACCUUGGUUGGCCAGACUGUGUUGCCUACCGCGGGGUUACACGAGUUAACGUGUAUAUGCAGCCGCCGAUGGAUGGACAAACGCACAUUAAAGAGGUGGUCAGAAAGGCCAUCGCACAAGCACAGAAGCUUGUAGCAGUGGUGAUGGAUGUCUUUACAGACGUGGACAUAUUUAAAGAUCUGUUGGAUGCUGGCUUUAAGAGGAAAGUGGCUGUGUACAUUAUCAUAGAACAAGCAGGAGUUCAACAUUUCCUCAACAUGUGUGAGAGAGCCAACAUGCAUGGAGGACACCUGAAGAAUCUACGAGUGCGCUGCUGUGGAGGUAGUGAGUUUUACACACGCUCAGCAAAGAAGGUUCGUGGUUCUCUCAGCCAGAGGUUUAUGUUCAUCGAUGGAGACCGAGCGAUAUCUGGAUCGUACAGUUUCACAUGGACUGCAUCCCGACUGGACCGUAAUCUGAUUACUGUUCUCAGCGGUCAGGCUGUCGAGACUUUUGACAAACAGUUCCGCGAGCUUUACUUGACCUCUCGGGGUGUUAACCUCUCCAAGCUUCCGUUGGCUGCAAUUCCGGAACCUGACCCUGUUCCUGUUCCUGCUCCCGCCCCCGUGCCCUCAGCAACUAUCGCCAAGAAACUCAUCAACCCCAAAUAUGCCCUGGUCUCCGUGGAUAGCGCCAGUCGUAGCUCUUCAGACAAAGCCAGCACUAAGAAGAACAGUUCCCAGAAUCCUUUGCCUCAGAAAGCAAAGCCAGCCAAAGAGCCUGUAGAGGUUCUGCCUGUUCACCCAGGGUUGAUUGGACUGCCAAAGGCCGAGCUCAUUUCUUACCUGCCCACCUGGCCAGAGCCAGACCCGCCCAGUGAUGUCAUUGGCUUCAUUAACAUUCGUGACACCAGCCGACCCCCUCAAGCGCACCUGAUGCGCUCGCAGCUUUUCGAGACAUCACAGGCCAUUCGUUUUAAAGAUCCUUUCACAAUGCCCCCCGAAGACCCCCUGCCAGACCGAGCAAGCCCUCGGCCCAAAACCGGCAUUCCCGACAAACAUGAAGAGGGAGCCCCGAAGAAGAGCGACCUGCCCCAGAGCGAAGGGCAGAUAGAACCACAGACAGAGUCUAAGCCUAAACAGACCUCAGAGAAUCAGACAAAUCUUCCCCUGAAAUCAGCAAGCAAUCCUGCCAAGCCCCCAACACAGUCAGACUCCAAACCCACCCAACCAGAGAACCAACAGCAGGCCCCUCAGCCACCGGUGCCCAAACCACGGACCCUGCAGCUGGUUCUGAAUCCGACCAGAGAUCCCGAAUCUCCAGAAGUGUCCUUCAUAAAGAGAAAACUGAGUGAAACAUCUAGCACUGCUAAAAAAGAACCAGCAGAGAGUUUGACAACAGGAGGAGAGACGUCUAGCUCAGAGGACUACGUAGAACCGCCAGAGGAACGGGCGGCGGAUCACACAGAAACUGACACAGACGCUUCCCGUGAAGACAAGCCUCUCUCAGCUGGAGGGGAAGAGGAGAUGGGCCAGUUGGAGGAAGAGGAAGAUAAGGACGAUAAGCGAGACAACGACAUGGACAGCGUUAAGGUGACGUACACACACUCGCUGAAGGAUAAGGAUGAGAGCUCCACAGCCUCAGAUGAGUAUUACGAAUGCAGUGACUCAGAGCACGUAGAAUCAAACGACCCACUGGUCAAUGGCAGGACCACUGGCUCUGGUCGUUAUGGAGAUCACAGCCCCAGUGCUGACGCAUUAAACGUAAUGGCCCGGUUCUCCCAGUCCAUGCUUGACUUACGGGCGGAGGACCACAGUGAAUCUCAGCUACAGAUCCCAGCACAGCUACUGAACGCACAGCUCGGUAACAAGGGAAAGAUAUAUCACAUGACCUCCCGGUCUCCUGCCAGAGUGGCUUAUGGGAGAAAUCGAGGCAAAGUGGUCAUCACCAAACCCGGAAUAUUCCCUCGGAUGCCCAAAAGCGAUCACAAGUACUGGCAGGGGAAACUAUUGAAUGUUGAAUGUCCCCCAAACAGAGAAAUAUCCCCCAAUAGACAGUCUUAUCAGAAUAUCUAUCGAACGGGUCGUUCCCCUCGUCGGCACGGCACCCCCAACAUGUCAGGAAGACUUUACAGCCACAAGUCGCCCGCCCAGCACUUGGCAAAGCAAAUGCGUGCCUCCCCUUCACCUAGACGGACCGAUACCAGACCCCAUCAGGGAGGGGUUUCCUCUAAAGUCAUGAAUCUGUGACACCUUAAAGGAAAGGCCUUAGGGCCGGGGGGCAUUAACAUAGCAGACGUCGCUCGCAAAACCGGACAAAAAGACAGUAAAUCCGGAUACUGAUGCUCCAAGUGCAUCAGCAGCACAAGAACACUUAAGGGAAGAACUGGAAAAACAGAUUCCUACAGGAGCUCCAUUUGAGUGGUUUGCCUAGUUUUCAAAUCCAAGUGAUGUGGAUCAGAUAUGAGUGUGAUUAAAAUGCAUGUCAUUGGUAAUGUGGGUUCUAUUCUCUGCCUGUAUUUGCUCAGAGUAAGUACGGGGUAGGGGUUUUUUUUUGGUUUGAAUUGUUCACUCUGGGGUAUCGUAUUGUCAGCAUAGAGGUUAUCUUGGCUGACGGAUGGGUAAGUGUGAAUAUGUGUGUUUGAGGGUGUAUGUGUGUGAGAGAGAGAGAGUGAGAGUGAGUAAUAGAAGGUGGUGGUAAUUUGAGAUUAUCAGAGAUUAAAUGAUGAACCUGUGUGGCCCCAUAACCUACAGUUUUGAAAUGAACCGAUCUCAUGGCGGUCUUGUUCUGACCUGCAUGAUGCCACUGUGCGGUCAAGGUGUGUCUCCGCCGACACACACACACACACACACACACACACACACACACACACACACACACACACACACAAACACACACACACACACACUCAUACUGAGUGAAUAACAGUAUGUUGUAGAGUAUUGACAUUGUUAAGAUAACUUGGACAUUUCCGUGAGACAUUUUCCUAUACAAAUUUUUUUUUAAGGGCAUGAUUUUACAUGUUCCCUGUCAGUGCUCUAGCUGAAUCUCUUAGUCAUCGUCUUUGUGAAUCAGACAUUGUUACCUCCCAGCUGUGAUCAUAAAGACUUUUCUUACCUUCUGAGAAAGUAAUGUCUGUUUUUCAAGCAGAAAAGUUUACUAAAUAAAAUUUUCUUGACCAUCCUGUCUUUUUA